CAGCAGGAGCCGUGGACUACCUGUUGCCUCAGGUAACUGAAAGCAGCAGCGGUGUGCGGCUCAGAAGGAGAAAUGGAGGCGUUGGAGAGAUAAAGUUAGCUUCACACUCAGAUCGAACUUGCGUUAUUGCAUCCACACUCAGGAAACAUUUCUGGGUGAAACAUUUGGGAGGAAAAACACUCUGCACUUCCGGACUGCGUCAUUUCUCUCCUUCUGCCACCCUGACGCUACUACGUCAUGUCAGGCGAUGGCAAAAACAUCUCUCAGAGGUGGGAGAGGGCAGGAAGUUCUGAAGCACUGUCCAUGCAGAGCUGCAGCACUAAGAGCAGGGUAUAUGAAGAGCGCUGUGUUGACCCAGUCAGCCCUGAGACCCAGUACCCUGGAGCGGUCCACAAAGUCUAUCAAAAAGAUGCUAAUGGCAAUGCUACUGAGCCAGAGGCCGUGAGCUUUCUGACUGGAAAGACCGAGUCUACAUCUGGUUCCUGCAAGUGUGGUCCCUGUGUCUCAGUGAAAAGCUGUAGAACGUUUGUGUGUAGCGUGUUGACAUGUGGACUAUAUCGGGUGUGUAAGCAAAUGCCAUGUCUGCUGUCUGGAGAAACUCAAGGUGACGAGCCAGAAGUUCUAAAAACUGUGACAUCAGUGCCAGAUGACAAGAACGAUUUUUAUCCUGAUCUUUGUAUCGGUGGUGUCAAAGUGGGCCGAUCAACGCUCGUGGAAGAGCACGAGCCGGUCACGUUCAGUCUUCCUAGGAUGGAGCUGGACAGCCCAACAUAUCUGAGUGUCAGCAAGCAUUUUAGUGGUUUACAAGAUGAGGACUUUAUUUAUGAAGGCGCAGACGAGGAUGUGGACUCGCUAAUCACACGUAAGCUACUUGAGGUUUUCUCCGAGUUUGAGAUCAACGAGCUAGCAAAAUGCACGUCUGACUCGAUGUUCCUAAAGCGCUCCCAGGAGAUCAGUCAGCUCAUCUCGGAUAUUGUCCAGGAGCAUAACAUUAAGGAGCAGGAAGCGGAAUGCCGGUUAGUGCGCGAGAUCAUCCGCAUCAGCACACGAAAGGGCAAGAAGAAACAGCCAGUCAGACAGCAGGAGCUGCAGAGAGACAGUGGCAACGACACCUGGAGGAGCAGCAAGAGGAGCAGCAAGAAGAACAGCUUCAAUUCCAUGAGCGAUGGCAGUCUAAAGAUUUCAGAGGAGAGAUCUGAUGACAUAGAGGCACGAAACCUGCGGAACAGCAGUAAGCAGUCAUACUCGUCCAGCUUUCCUGCAUCUCGCUCAGCAAGCUGCACGGACAACGCCACGCCCGUCACAUCAGACACUCCUUUGCUCUUUCAUGGAGUGAGACACUAAACCUGCAUUUGUUUUUUUUUUUGUUUGUUUGUUUCCAAGAAAGUCCUGUCUCUCGAUCUCUGGGACUGAUGGAUGAAGAAUAUGUGCUUUCUAGCCAGUAGAUAGUCAUGAUGGUUAAACACUAGCGGACAUGAAAUAAAAAGAAUAAUCAUUGUGAAAUGUGGUUUAAAAAAAAAUCAGGAUUAGGUUAGCAUUUUGUUUUAAUUUUAUUCAUGAGAAGAACCACUGCUGCACUUUUCCUAGAUAAUGACUGAAGGCCAGUUAUCUUCUGCUCUUUGUCUUCGCUCUCUUUCAGUUGAUGCACAGGUGAAGCAUGUAAAUAAUAGUUUAGGGCAUCUGUGACACGUGCGUGGAAGUUUUAUGUUCCAGACAGGUGAUUUAAAGGAAGAUAAAUGUUUGGUCUGGAUGGUUUUGUUAACUCCGGUUGUAUACUGAUGAAUAAAAUGUAUUUGUAUAAAAUGUUCAGUUUUAGCCUUUAGUCCUUCGCUUAGUCUUGGAUGAAUUUACAUGAUGGGAAUUUUCCAGUUUAGUCUCAGAGAAUUAUUAGUCUGUUUGAGUUUAAUCUGUAACAGUUCAAGAUAAAUGUAAGUAAUGUUGAAUUGAAUUGAUUCUGAGACGUGAUCUGAUUCAUUUUCUGUCUUGCA